AUGGUUGAUCGCGAGCAGCUGGUUCAGAAAGCCAGGCUGGCGGAGCAGGCUGAGCGUUAUGAUGACAUGGCGGCUGCUAUGAAAUCGGUCACAGAGCUGAACGAGGCGCUGUCCAACGAGGAGAGGAACCUUCUGUCUGUGGCCUAUAAGAACGUGGUGGGCGCACGCCGCUCGUCCUGGAGGGUCAUCUCCAGCAUCGAGCAGAAAACAUCCACCGACGGCAACGAGAAGAAGAUCGAGAUGGUGCGCGCCUACAGAGAGAAGAUCGAGAAAGAGCUGGAGACUGUGUGUCAGGACGUCCUCAACCUCCUGGACAACUUCCUGAUCAAGAACUGCAGCGAGACGCAGCACGAGAGCAAAGUGUUUUACCUGAAGAUGAAGGGCGACUACUACCGGUACCUGGCUGAGGUGGCCACCGGAGAGAAGAGGGCCACGGUGGUGGAGUCCUCGGAGAAGGCCUACAACGAGGCCCACGAGAUCAGCAAAGAGCACAUGCAGCCCACUCACCCCAUCCGCCUGGGCCUGGCACUCAACUACUCCGUCUUUUACUACGAGAUCCAGAACGCGCCGGAGCAGGCCUGCCAUCUGGCCAAGACCGCCUUCGACGACGCCAUCGCCGAGCUGGACACCCUAAACGAGGACUCGUACAAAGACUCCACUCUGAUCAUGCAGCUGCUGCGAGACAACCUAACACUGUGGACAAGUGACCAGCAGGACGACGAGGGCGGGGAGGGCAACAAUUAA